AUGUAUGAUGGUGCAAUAUAUGUAGAUAAAGGAAACCCUUAUACUGAUCAACCAUUGAAGGUUGGGGAACUGACAAUUACCAAAACAGCACAGAAGAGUCCGUUACAUACAAAAGCUUACUUUCCUCAAGAGGCAGGUACAUAUCCAGUAGUUUUAUUCAUUGGCGGUCUGAAUGGAUACAUUUUGGUAGAAUUAUACGAAACAGUAUUAUACAGAAUUGCUUCUCAUGGUUUUAUUGUUUUUGGGAUGGACUAUCGGUUUCCUGUAGAAAAUGUUCACUUUGAGAAGGAAAAUAAAUUACAACAAGACAUCUCCAAAUUUUUUGACCAAUAUACUUGGCUUCAGAAUUAUAUGUCUAAUAAAACAGUGGCUACUAUAGCAUGGAAUACGACUGCUUUAGUUUGUCAUUCUUCUGGGUGUGAUGUUACUCUAAAGAUGAUCAAAGAAAAGCCUAAGUUAUUCAAGUCGACCGUCUUCCUAGAACCUUACAGUCAAGACGUCAAAGACAAAAUUGAUAUUAAAAUGCCAGCCUUUAUGUAUGGAACACAGCUAUCAGAGGAGGGAAAUAAAUGUGCAAUUCCUGGUUAUGACUAUAAUACAUUUUAUGACCUCUGGAGCUGCCCUAAAAUUGUAAUGAAUGUAGCAGACUUUGGUCACUGUGAUAUAUUGGACCCUGAGCCUUGGGCUGCAUGUCGAGAUGUUCACCAUUGUAAAAUAACAACGAAUACAACAAAACUUCCAGAGUAUCGCGAAUUUGUACAAGGAGCAGUUAGUAGUUUCCUUGUGAAUACACUACAGAAUAGAACAGAUGCUUUAAAGUAUGUUAUACAGAAACCAUUGAUUCUAUUAAAUUUGCUGGAACUAAAAACGGAUCUAAACUGUACCAAAAGCUUUAACUAGUUGAAAUAGUUACAGUAUUGUGAAGAUAAGCGUUCAGAUUAAAUGAAACUUUUCAUCUGUAUUUACGUGAGGAUAAUACAAGUUUGAAAUUUUGAAGUAGAAUCUGUAAUUAAUGCAUUAUUAUA